CCUAUAAAAAGAUCCAAAUAAUAAAAGCUCUUGAUUCCUCCACCAGCUUUUAUACUGAGUAAUUUUCCAGCAACCAAAUUUCUACACUAGGCCAAACAAGUGAAACUAACAGUUAUUAUGCUUUAUCAAGCAAGAUGUCUACAACAGGGAAGGCCACUUUUUUCUGUUUAGACUUCAUUCUUUCCCCAAACCCCAGAAAAAAAAUGGUAAAAACUAGGCACCAUAUCUUCCUUUACCAUGCCUUUGGUAUGGUGUAGGCAAAAAAAGAAAAUGGGGCGUCAUAACUCGAACCACGCUAUCUUGGAUUUAUCAGGAUUUAAGCACUCCUCACCUAUUAUCAUAUCAGAUCAGAUCAGAUCAUUCCUGGGGACGGGAAACUGUUACUUCUUCCCAGACACAAUAAAGGAGUGCUCAAAAUCAAAAUUUUCUUUGCAUUUAUCAGUUUUAAAUGCAGAACCAUAUGUCAGAGCAGACCCAUUUAAUGCCAAUGUAAGUAUGUAUGGAUUGAAGUGCCUUUUAUGUCUACCUAACACACUUUCUCUAGUCUAUCCUAGCAGCUCCAAGUUUUUACCACUUGGCACGCUGUGCAGCUCUGCCGCUACGCACCACAGUCACAACUUUAUAGGUGUUAGUACUGGGAUUGUCCCAGUUAACCACGACACAAAUGCCAAAGUGUUUGAAAGGAGGAUCAAGAUAACUGAGUUGGUGCUGAGGUGUGUGAUCUUAGGUUUGGGAGUUCUUGCGGCUGUUCUCGUAGGAACUGAUUCCCAAGUCAAAGAGUUUUUCUCAAUUCAGAAGACAGCUAAAUUUACAGACAUGAAGGCUUUAGUAUUCCUGGUAGUUGCAAAUGGGUUAGCUGCUGGCUUCUCCUUAGUCCAAGGGCUGCACUGUAUCAUUUGUAUGGUCAGAGGAAGAGCACUCUUAAGCAAGCCCUUAGCGUGGGCCAUUUUUUCUGGUGAUCAGGUAAUGGCAUAUGUAACAGUGGCGGCAGUGGCGGCUUCAGGGCAAUCUGGUAUGUUGGCAAAGGUGGGCCAGGCAGAACUGCAGUGGAUGGAGUUGUGCAAGAUGUAUGGAAAAUUCUGCAACCAAGUGGAAGAAGGGAUAGUUUCUGCUUUUGUGGUUAGCCUUAGUAUGGUGGUCCUGUCUUGUUUUUCUGCUUUCAGUCUCUUCCGUUUGUAUGGUGAUCACAAACUGAAAAAUGUAAAUUGGUAGGUUGGAACAUACCAUUGACUCAACUUAAUACCAUACCUACCACUCAA